UACACUGUUCUGCACUUUAGUGUGCUUUCACUAACUACGACUGUAGUCUGUGGUUAUCAAUCGAGCGUUUUGAGAGGACCACUACUUUUCUACGAUUAUCGUGUGUGCUUUUUGCUAAAUCCAUAUGACAUGUAAUGUAUGUUUGGCGUGCUUUAAUCAAUAUGAUAGUUGAAUAGUUGUUUUUUUAAAGGCACCGGCAGAUUAAUCUAUGCUUUUAGACGGUGGGAAAACUAUGUAGUUGCAAUGGUUGCGAGCACGAUUGAUAUGACUGGAUCUAUAUACCAUGAACGACAAGUGAAGGAGCUGUGUGCAUUACAUGCAUUAAACAACUUGUUUCAAGAGCGUGGAUUUAGCAAGCAAGAAUUAGAUCAAAUUUGUUACAGUCUGAGUCCAGAUGUGUGGAUCAAUCCUCAUAAAUCUCUAUUAGGACUCGGCAACUAUGAUAUUAAUGUUAUUAUGGCUGCUCUUCAAAGAAGAGGACGCGAAGCUGUUUGGUUCGACAAACGUAGAGAUCCAAAGUGUCUUCGUUUAGACAACAUCGAGGGUUUUAUACUUAAUGUCCCAACUGAAUACAAACUAGGUUUUGUGCUACUUCCUUUGAAACGACGUCAUUGGAUCGCUCUGAAAAAGAUACAUGGUGCCUUUUAUAAUCUUGAUUCAAAACUGGACUCGCCGCAAUUAAUAGGAAAGGACAACGAUUUACUCAUAUAUCUAAAGGAUCAGAUAGAUAGCAAGGAAAAGGAACUAUUUCUUGUUGUUACUAGAGAAAUUGAUAGCAAUCAAGGAUGGUUAAUAGAUACAUGUGAAAAUCAAGACGACAAUAACAUGGAUCAUGAUUCCAUUCGGUAUAUUGAGGAUGGAUACCCAGAUAUAGAUUUGAAAAAAUCUGAAUCUAAAGAAAUGAAUGAAAAUGAAGAAUUUCUAGAUAACAAAAAUUCUAGAUAAUUGGGGCCACAUGCACCAUGUUCCACUCAAUUGUGUAUUUAUUCAUUCCCUUGUUGCUAAUUUAAGGAAAGGUAAUUAUAAUUAUUGUAAGGAACUUGGAAUUAUAUAAAAACAGAGAAUACACAGAGAAAAAUAAAGCAGAUAAUGGGAAUUACACCUAAUAAUGUUUCACUGAGCAUGUUUUGCAAUGUUUUUAAUCGUAUUUAUGUGUUAACUCAAAUGUGAUAUUUUUAUCUAUUUACUUUUAUUUUAUUUGAGAAGAGUUAUUUAUAUAUUGUGUACAUUUCGUACUAUU